GACACAGCGUCUUAGAGGAACUCAAAGAAAAUACAGUCGGGGUGGACGGAGUGUAUUGUUCCGGGCAAGGAGUGGUGGGAAAUGAGCUGUGGCCAGAUGUUUGGCCACUUGAGGGAGUUUGGGCUUGUCUUGAGGACGCUAGGGAGCCAUGGAAGGGCUUCAAGUCAGGGAGAGUCAUGCCCUGGUCCCUAAUUCUAGAAGACAGCGGAACUGAGAAGAGGCCUGUGGACAGAAAAGUCAUGUCGGAUUCCCUGGUGGUGUGCGAGGUGGACCCUGAACUAAAGGAAAAGCUGAGAAAAUUUCGCUUCAGAAAAGAGACAGACAAUGCAGCCAUAAUCAUGAAGGUGGACAAGGACCGGCAGAUGGUCGUGCUCGAGGAAGAAUUUCAGAACAUUUCUCCAGAGGAAUUAAAAACAGAGUUGCCAGAGAGACAGCCCAGGUUUGUGGUUUACAGCUACAAGUACGUGCACGAGGACGGCCGAGUGUCCUACCCAUUGUGCUUCAUCUUCUCCAGUCCUGUGGGCUGCAAGCCUGAACAGCAGAUGAUGUACGCAGGGAGUAAAAACAGACUGGUGCAGACAGCAGAGCUCACAAAGGUAUUUGAAAUCCGCACCACUGAUGACCUCACCGAGGCCUGGCUCCAAGAGAAGUUGUCUUUCUUUCGUUGACCUCUGAGCUGCGGAACUGGAUUCCUGAUGUCGGAGUCUCUGAAGAAACUGGGGACUGGGACCCUCUAGGACCUGAACGUCUGAGACCCUAAGGAAAUUAAAAUGCAGGAAUUCAAGAGA